UGCGCCGCGCCAGGCGCCUCCCAGGGAAGCGAUCCCUGGGCCAGCGAACAGCCCCUCAGGGGAGAGGCCAUGGGCCGGCCUCAUCCCCGCGCAUGCGCGACCGCGGCGCGGCAACAUGGCGGAGUUGGAGGAGCCGAGGCGGCGGAUCCCGCUGGUGCCGGAGAACUUGCUGAAGAAGAGGAAGGCGUACCUGGCCAUCAAGGCCACCCAGGCCAAGCAGGCGCUGCUCAACAAGCGAAAGCAGCAGAAGGGGAAACAGAUUCAGUUUAGGCGCCUGGAGACCUUUGUCCGGGAUUCAUGGCGCAAGCGCCGGGAUGACACCCGGCUGAGGCGCAUGGAGCAGAGGCCUGGGCAGGCAAUUGCAUCGCAGGAGAGCAAACUGGCAUUCGUUGUGAGGAUUGUGGAUAUUAAGGGAGUGACUAAGAGGGUAAAGAGAGUGAUUGAGUUGCUGCGGCUGAAGAAGAAUUACACUGGUGUAUUUGUGAAACUGAGCCCGCUGUCGCUGAAGAUGCUGCGGAUCGUGGAGCCCUACGUGGCGUGGGGACCGCCUAACCUGAAAUCUGUACGAGAGCUCAUCCUGAAACGGGGCCAAGCCAAGAUCAAGAAAAAGAGGGUGUCUCUGACAGAUAAUAUGCUGAUAGAGGAACAUUUAGGGGGCUGUGGUAUCAUUUGCCUGGAAGAUCUUAUUCAUGAAAUCUACUCAACUGGGAAGUAUUUCAAAACAGUUACCAGCUUUCUGUGGCCAUUCCAUCUGUCGGUAGCUCGCCAUGCAUCGCGGAACAGAGUGGGUUUCCUCAAGGAGAUGGGCAAGCCUGGCUACAGAGGUGAUGCAAUCAACCAGCUCAUCCGUCAGCUCAACUAGUCAGGGGUUUUGUGAAAACUUCAGGAUCUAUGACCUAUUCCUUUUCACAUGUACCUUUCAUGGACAUGAUCUACAUGCAACGAUCUAUAUGCAACUUCUCUUGACUGCUGGUGCCUCUAUAAAAGAAGAAAUACAGAGAUGAUGAUGGAGAUGGAGUUUGGGCUGGCCCUUUUUAAAGGAGAAAUUCUGUUUGGUACAAGAAUGACCUUCCUGGAGCAAUUUGACUUUUGCAUCUCUGUAAAAUGUUUUUUAUGCUCACUACUGCAGACUUCACUCUUUAAAGUGCACCUGCUUGUAAGGGUGAAGGGGAACUGCAGUCACAAUUGUGCUGACAGGCAAAAUAAAACACCAAGGUAUUGUUCUGUUACUGCAACAUAAGCCCUGGCAGUGAAUAAUUAAGCACCUAGAUUGUAUAAAAAUAUGGGGUUUGUGCUCCUGAUAUAAAGAGGACUGCCUUUUUUUUUUUUACUUCUGAUAGAUUGGGACUGCUGGGGAAGAAUUAUUUCCUGAAAAUAGGAAAGCCUAAAAAGGUUGUAGUACAGUCAUGGGGUGGGGUAUAUGUAAUGAAUGUUUUUUAAAUAAACUUUUGAAAUUACA